UGUUCAAAACAGGGUUCUGGGGUUGCUGUUCAGCUGUACAACAGAGCUAUGGACUCACGUAUGGUGUUUGUCUUAUUAUGGAUGUUGCUGUCAUCCACCUCCACUGGAAUCAAACUAGAUGGAAAUGGUUAUGUUGAUGUUGUCAUUGCAAUCAGUUCAAAGGUACCACAGGAUAACAGACUUAUUGAUAAAAUCAAGAAGAUGGCAACUGAGGGGUCGUUGUACCUCUAUCAUGCACUGGAUGAAAAGGUCUAUUUCAGAGAAGCUACAAUACUAGUCCCACCUCAGUGGAAUGGUACAAACUUUACCAAAGCAAGAACAGAGUCCUUUGGAAAGGCCAAAAUAAGAAUUGAUAAUGCUAAUCCUUCUUACGGGUUUGGACCAUACACUAAUCAAUACGGAGAAUGUGGAGCUGAGGGAGAGUACAUUCAUUUCACUCCAGAAUACCUCCUGAACGACACUUUUAUUGAGCUUUAUGGAGCAAGAGGAAGAAUCUUUGUGCAUGAAUGGGCUCAUCUGAGAUGGGGUGUGUUUGAUGAAUGCAAUGGAGAAAAGCCAUUUUACCACUCUAAUGGCUAUAUUGAAGCUACAAGGUGUAGCAAAAACAUUAAAGUGGAGUUUUAUGAAGUUACUGCUGGAGGAUCUCUUCAACAGUGCAGCAUUGAUCCACAAACUUUACUACCUACUGAAGGGUGUAAGAUUUUUCUGAACAGAAGUGAAAUCAGAAACAGCUCCAUUAUGUUCUUACCUGGUCUGGAUGCUGUGACUGCAUUUUGUCAAGAAAAUGAGCACAAUUAUGAAGCUCCAAACAUGCAAAAUAAAAAAUGUGGGAAAGCAACAUGGACUGUAAUAUUUGAGGAUUCUGUGGAUAAAGACGCACUUCGUUCUCUGAAACCACUGCAGUCCCCUCCACCACCACCAUCUUUCAAAGUUGUGCAGCGAAAGCAACGCAUCGUUUGCCUCAUCCUUGAUGUCUCAGGAAGCAUGGAAGGCUCAAGAAUUCUUCAACAGCAACAGGCUGCCACACAUUUCCUGCAGAAUAUCAUUGAAGAUCAAGCCAGUGUUGCAAUGGUAACCUUUAGCACUGAUGCUUCUACUCUGAGCCCCUUGACUCGUAUUGACAGUGACACCACAAGAGAAAAUCUUAUCAAAUUGUUGCCAAAAGUAGCAAGUGGAUUGACAAAAAUGUGCUUGGGCCUCAGUCAAGGCUUACAGGUGCCAUAUUAA